AUGGCGGAUACGACCCCCCUCCUUCCUUCCUACACUCCCAAUCCCUCAGACUUCCCUGGGGAGACGAACAAGAAAAGCUCCUGUACCAGCGUCGACGACGUUAUCGAGCGCUGCCUGGGCAGGAUCGGCGCCGCCCAGCUCUUCCAGGCCUUCUUCGUCUCCUUCGCUUGGGUAUUCGACGCCCAGCAAACCUUCAUCAACGUCUUCACCGACGCGCCGCCGCCGUGGCAUUGCACUGGCGGCGCCAAUUGCUCCUCCCUCCCCUCUCCCUGCGGCCUUCCCGCUGGCGCGAGCUGGGCAUGGGACCGGCCUCCGCACACGUCGAUCAUCUCCGAGUGGUCACUACAGUGCGCCAGCUCCGCCGUAACGGGCCUCCCUGCGUCGUCCUACUUCAUGGGUUGCCUCCUCGGUGGGCUCGUUCUCGCCACUCUCGCGGACUCCACCCUCGGCAGGAAGAACAUGCUUUUCCUCUCCUGCCUCGCCAUGGCCCUUUCGGGGAUUCUCACGGCGGCGUCCCCAAACGUCUGGGUUUACUCUGGGCUGAGAUUCGCUGCAGGAUUCAGCCGCGCCACCAUCGGCACAAGCGCCCUCGUCUUGUCGACGGAGCUGGUCGGGAAGAGCUCCCGCGGGGAGGUGGGCAUCAUCGGGUUCUUCUGCUUCACUCUCGGCUUCCUCUCCCUCCCCGUCACGGCCUACCUGAACAGGAACUCUUCCUGGAGAGCGCUCUAUCUGUGGACCUCGGGUCCGGCUCUUCUCUACUCCAUCCUCGUCUACUUCCUGGUUCGCGAGUCGCCCAGGUGGCUGCUCGUGCGGGGCCGGAAGGAGGAAGCCAUCAAGACCAUCAGGGACAUCGCCGCCCCCAACCGCAGUGACGUUCUGGCCUACAGCUUCUCGGGUUUCAACAUCGGGGGAGAGGAAUGGGCGAGCAACACCGACGUCUACUCCGCGCUGAGGCUGCUGCUGAGGAAGAGGUGGGCGCUGCAGCGCCUGGCCGCGGUGAUGGCGGCGGGUUUCGGCAUCGGCAUGGUGUACUACGGCAUGCCGCUGGCGCUGGGGGCGCUGGGCCGCAGCCUCUACUUCAGCGUGUCCUUGAACGCGCUCUCAGAGCUGCCCUCGUCGCUCAUCACCUUCUUCCUCGUCGGGAGGAUCAACAGGCGAAGCUCCGUGCUGGGCUUCACGCUGGCCAGCGGCGCCUGCAGCGUGGCCUGCGUCUUCCUCCGCGGGGGCGUGAAGAUGGGGGUGGAGGUGGUGUCCUUCUUCUGCGCCUGCACAGCGUUCAACGUGGUGCUCAUCUACGGACUGGAGUUGUUCCCGACGUGCGUAAGGAACUCGGCGCUCUCGAUGGUGCGGCAGGCGCUGGUGCUCGGCGGCGUCUUCGCGCCGCAGCUGGUGGCCGCUGCCCGGGGGAGCGGCGCCGGGUUCGCUUCCUUCGGCGUGUUCGGUCUGGUCAUAUCGUUCUGCGGCCUCUUCGUCGUGUUCCUGCCGGAGACGAGGGGGGGCGGCAUCUCCGACACCUUCGAGGAGGAAGAGUACAGGGAGAGAACCCCGGCCGUCGCCGGAGGCGGGGAGAGUGAGGAUCCGUUAGUGUGA